CUGUACUGUGACACAGGUAAACCUGAAUAGGGGCGAGCUUCCUCACCUGUCUCACCUUACCUCUUCAAACAAACGGCUCCGUUUGAAAGUCUACCCCAACCGAAUUCCACCAGGAAACCAACCGCAAAUGAUAGUUAGAAAAGAAAAGGUGGUCUAAACAAAGUAUUUGUGAGGCCUAUCUCGAAGCCAAUUUAGAGACAUGGAGCCGACGUACCGCGGUCUGGGGCGCUGUUCCUGCGCUUUUUGGUUGGCAGUGUCCUUCGACAUAUUCGGGCUGCUCGUUCUUUUGAUCGGUGUUUUUGCGGACAUAUUCUUCUAUGACUUUUUAAUCUACGCCGGGGCCAUCAUCAUCUUCCUCAGCCUCAUUUGGUGGGUGUUCUGGUACACGGGCAAUAUCGAGGUCCCCCCGGAGGAGCUGGAGGAUGACGUCGGGCUCUUGAAGAAGGAGCGGGACAUCGCAGGUGCGGUGAGGCGGUUCUCCAGCCGUCUCUCCAACGGUAUCAGGAACUCUCUGCGGCGGAAUGGAGCCCCCCCCCGAGGGGUCGCGAGAAGGGCAGGGACCGGGCUGUCUACGACGCACAUGAGGGAUGCCCAACAGCAACCGGAGCCCCCGCCUGUCGUAUUGGCGAUGGGCCCGCGUGAUGAGGACGUGCACACGGUGUCUGCAUCCGUGGACACUGACAUACCUGUCCCGCACACAGCUACAGAGACUUCGGCCAUAUGAUGCGCAAUGCGCACAAGAAAUUGGAGGCUUGGCAGCACUGAACCCCAUAAGGACAUUUCACUUGUCCAUCUCACAAUGUUUACAAGUACAUUUCGUUUUUAAUAUUGUCCAUAUGGGCUUUUUUCUUUGUAACAUUUCGUUUUAAAAUUCAAAUUAUGCUCCUCAGUGAGGACUUUCUGUUUGUUUUAUGUCAAUUUUGUGAAUAAUUUGUGAAUACUCUGUGGAUAAGCAAUGCAAUACUUUGAUAAUACAGAGAUUUUUUCUACCAAAUAUGUCAGACUUUCAUUUUUAGGCCUAAGUGCUACUGAGAAGGUGCUUGUUGUAAACUUGACCUGGCACCUGUAUUCUACAUCCCCACCCACAGUGGUGAUAAGCAAUAUAGCACAUCAACAACCUUUGUACCCUAUGGAUUUCCCUACCUUUAUUUAUACAGACGUGACUUUUGUAUGUCCAUAUGGCUGCCUCAUCGUGCUUUAUGAUUCUGAAGGUGAAAACAAAACAUUUUACCUGUUUGUAUUUCCAACCGACAAUUCUCUGAUUUUUGCCAAACACAGUACCUACACAUUGACUAGAGAUUUUUUUUUUUUAAGUGCGUUACUGUGUGGAAUGACAAUACUUUGAUUAUCUACAAUAGGCCAGCCUAGACCUUGACACCUUGUUACUCCACACAAUAAA